AUGGAUCCGAAGCGCUUGUUAGUGAUCCUCACCUUACUUUCGCAGAUUGAGCUGCCUCCUAGUCAUGAAGCGAAUGACUUUGUGGAGGUGUGCAGUGGACAAGGUGAACUGAGCCGUGCUCUCUGGAGAAGUGGCCGGCAGGGCAAAGCUUUUGAUGUGGUCUACUCAAAGAACCACAACCUGCUACGAACGGUUGGCUUCCUAUCGGUACUUGCAGCAGUACGAAACACACGGGCAGGAGGGCUAUUGUUCUUCGCACCACCAUGUUCCACAUGGGUGUUUUUGUCUUCACCCAGUACUGGGAGGACUUGGCUUGACCCAGAAGGGUAUCCCACCAAGUGUGUCUUGCUGGCAAACAUCUUUGUGAUGCGCAUGCUGUACAUACUGUUCUACGCAUGGCGUCGUGGAAUUCACAUAAUGGUGGAGCAGCCAAUCAGUUCAGUCCUGUUUGAUUGGGCACCAGUCAAGAAAUUUCUGAUUCUGUGCAAUUCCAGGAAAGUUACGUUCCCCAUGGGAUCCUGGGGUGCUCCUUCGAUGAAGUACACCACGAUAUGGGGGACUCUUCCCGGUAUCUCCAGCCUCCGUCGUCCUUUGGAUUUGAAGCAGCUGAAGCGUGCCCUUGUUCUCUUCAACAAGUUGCCCAGUGCUUCACCCGGAAGGAACACCCUUGUCAAGAAGACGGUGGACAAAGCUGGCAAAAAGAGAGUGGGUAUCAAAAAAGCUUUGGAGCAAUCAGCGGUGUAUCCUCGGGACUUUGCUUGGGCCAUUGCUGGCCUGUUACCAGUGACUGGGAAGCGGCCGUCGAAUGACGAAAUCGAUGUUUCAUAUCAAGGAACUGGUUCAGAUUUAGGACUGAUGGAAAGCCUUAUGGACCAGCCCAAGCAAUCUCUCGUGAUUGCAAAUGUGAAGAGGUUUCAGUUCAGUCGAUGCUAG